CCGUCUGCGCGUCCCGACUUCCUGCUCUGAGGCAGGAGAGAGAAAAGCUGCGGAUCCGCUUUCAGACAGCGGGGCAGCAGCAGCAGCAGCAGCAGCAGCAUGGAGCCCCGACACAACACACACACUCUGCUUUAAGAGCCAAACUCCCACGACACGCGCGGACAGACGCACAGAGAGAGAGAGAGAGAGAGGAGCAGCGGCCGUUCACAGCUGGUAGCAGAACCCCCGGUGUCUGUGUCGUCAUGGAGAGCUCCAUCACCCUCUGGCAGUUCCUGCUCCAGCUGCUGCUCGACCAGAGCCACAAACAUCUCAUCUGCUGGACGUCCAACGAUGGAGAGUUCAAACUGCUCAAGUCCGAGGAGGUGGCCAAACUGUGGGGGCUGCGAAAGAACAAGACCAACAUGAACUACGACAAGCUGAGCAGGGCGCUGCGCUACUACUACGACAAAAACAUCAUCAAGAAGGUGAUUGGUCAAAAGUUUGUCUACAAGUUUGUCUCGUUCCCUGAGAUUCUGAAGAUGGACCCUGCAGUUGUGGAGUCGGGUCGCAGUGGCGAGGAGGUUGGGGGGACGACGUCAGAACCUGAAGCUGAAGAGGAGGAUCGAACUGACAGAAACCAGUAUCGCCACUCCAACUUAUACUCCUCCUUCACCAUCAGCUCCCUGCAGCACGCUUUAGACCAGCAGCGGCCAAUCAAACAAGAGCCCAGAUGCGAGGAAAGCUCCUCCGUCAUCCGGUUCGUAACCAACGGCGGCCACUCGUCCCUUCCUCCAACACCGCCUCCAUCCAUGACAGACAGCCCAAAUUCCUCCGUGCUGUCCCCUCGGUUGGCCAUCUCUUCGUCCCCAUCCCAAAGCCCCGCCCACAUACGGGCAAGGGGGCAGAGCCUUAGCGCUGAUACUGAAGAUGUCGAAUUUAGCGCUCAACCUUUAAACUUGUCAUCUGGUCAGAGGGAAAGAGAGAAGCUACGGUGCACACGAACAUCAGAGAGGAGGGGGUUGGCCAACAGUAACCCUUCAAAAGGCAGAAAACCCAAAGGUUUGGAAAUCUCUGCUUCUCCUCUUCUCCUGACAGGAAGUGACCUCGUCUCCAUUGCCCUCAACAGCCCGGCGCUGCCCUCUGGGUCUCUUACCCCCGCCUUUUUGACCACACAGACUCCAUCUGGUCUGUUGCUAACUCCCAGUCCUUUGCUGUCCAACAUCCAUUUCUGGUCCGGUCUGAGUCCAGUGGGACCUCUGAGCCCAGCCCAACUGCAGAGCCAUGCCCAACUCUUCCAGUUCCCCACACUGAUGAAUGGAGCCAUUCCCAUUCCUCCUUCCAACAUGGACACGCCCUCUCCUCUGCUGCUCACGUCCAGCUCCCACAAGUCCUGAUGCCAGCAGGAAGCUGGUUCCAGAGGGGAUGAGGACGGUCAGACCAUCAUCAUCAAGGAGCAGACCAUCCUUAAGCUUGGAUGAAGUUCAACCUGACUGAGCAUACUUACAGCUGAGACUUCUACCUUCAUUCCAGAAGAAACUGGAGCUCCACUCUGAGGAUUUGCUCUCUAAGAAGAGCAUAGUUUGGUUUGUAUGUUUACUUCAGGGUCCCCACCGUACUUGUGGUAAAACAUCUGACAUGGCGUCAGAGUGUUCCGUGUCUCUCAUCUCGUUUGAUUGCCAGUCUCUGCCCAAAUGUAGUUAAACCUCAGCAGAACACAAGUUUUUUUUUUUGCCAUCUUCUGUAGCCGUCGUGCGUAACUCUUGGACAAUGUGUGAAAUAAAAGGAGGAAGCAGUAGAGUUUAGAAGUAACUCUGCUGUGAAAACUUUUCCCAGCCUUCCAAGACUAAAUACAACCCGAGUUCCCACGUCUAGACAGCACAUUAAGGCUUAUGCUUUUUUCUGUAUUCAAAAAGUUUUAAAUGAUCAAGUAAGUUAUCAAAAUGUGUUUGAUAGCUUAAAGUUUAUCAUCACUAACAGGAACAAUAGGUGCUAGUGGAUAUUAUUAUUUUUGAGGAAGUUGAUGUUUUCCCACCUUUUUGUAAUCUUAAAGCUAAGCUAAUUACUUUCUUGUACCUUACAUUCAGAAAUAAGUUGUUUUUUGCUCAAAAAAGGUUAAUGGUUCCAACAAAAAACAAAAGAAAAACACUUAAACAAGUU